UGCGGCUUCGAGGAGUAGGGACUGUUCGGUUGUCAGAAAUAUCUGCCACUUGUAGCGGGUUUAUACAACGAGAACUUUGUUUUUUUUUUUUAUGGACUAUUUCACAUUUUCUUCACACUGUUUGCUUGUAAUUUUCUCAAUUUUUGAUGAAUGAGUUGCUGACAGGUUAAGGCCCUACCAUGCUGAACGCCAGUGGAGGGGAGUACCUGUGUGUGGGGGACUACAUCGCACUCUUCUCUGUGGACACGGAGGGUUACGUCAACUCCACACAAUCCAGCUCCAGCUACAGCGAGAUCUACAUCUAUCAGAACCAGGACCGGGACAAGCCAGCACACAUCCCCAACCCACAAGCGGUGACCUUCCAGAUAUGCAUACAGAACAGAUACAAGCUGAGCAAGAAGUUACGCAAGUUGACCAGUCAGGUGACAAGUCAGGUGACCAGUCAGCUGACCAAUGGCUCAGAGCAGAAGACAGAGUCCAGCACAGUGGACAAGAGUCUGUUGACGCAGACAAAGCUGGCGGCAGAAGCGGAAAACGCCGACAAUAUGUCCGAACAAAAACGACAGCAAGGCAAGAAAGUUCGAUACGGCGAGAUAGUGCAGCUGAAGCACGUGCUCACCGGCAAGUACAUCCACAUGUGUACGUCACAGACCAGCCAACGGGAUAAAAACAACAUGAUGAUGAUGCUCCAAGAGUAUAAUGCCAAGAAUGCUCAGUUCCGGAUUCUGCCUCAAUACAAGGUCAAGUCAGAAGGCGAAGUCGUACAAAUCUACGACCAGAUUAUCUUCGAGAGCAUCAAGUCACCUGGCCACUUCUUCCAUGCCAGUUCAGGUUUCCAGAUCGACCACUUCGUGUACGGGUCAGAGUUGAACCUAGGUGUGGAGCGGUCUGGAUUCACCUUGGUUCGGUUCUGCAAGGAAAACCCUGACCUUGAACUCUUCGUGAAGGGCGGCAGCGUCAUUCGACUCUUCCACAAGGAGCUCGAGGCGUACCUGGUCGCGGAGGGCUUGUUUGAUGACGAGGUCACAGAAGACGCGCAGAUCAUUCAAGACGUGCAUUUCCGGAUCCGAGUGAUGGACCAGCAUAAGCCUAGGACCCUGUCCCCGCCCUCUUCCGGCAACACCUUCUGGCAAAUCGAGGCAGAGACCAGCAUACUGUAUGGUGAAAUCAUUCGGUGGGAGCAACAGGUGCGAUUACGUCACAUGACAACCCGGAAGUACCUGAGUAUCGACGCCAACCAUGAGAUCUCUCUGACAAUCGACAACGAGGACCCAAAGACUGUCUUUAGGCUGCAUUCUGUGCUCAGUGAACGGGACGAGAUCCACUUCGAGAGUUACGCUAGGAUAGAGCACGUGCUGACAGGUUUUUGGCUCCACGCUCUCAAAGAUGAGGAUUACAUCAGGAAACAGUUCAGGGGCGUGGAAGAUAAUCAGGAGCAUAGCAUGAAGGGACUCAGGUGGGACACAGCUAAUGUUAGACAGGUGGCGGCCAGCGGUGAGAGUAUGUAUGACGACGCCUUCACCAUACAGUACGUUGAAAAAGCCUAUGUGGACGAUUUCAACUACGUGGCUGGGAUGGUUCCGUUCCUGCUAAACCUCAUCAAAGAUGCUAUGGAAGAACUCAGGAGGUUUAUGUACGUGAAUGGAGUCACCAACAAGAACAGACAGAAGCUCAUGAGAAACCUCAGGGUGAUUGACCUGCUGGUCAAGAUCCUCCAGUGCCCCCUGGACGCCCAACCAGAUGAGAUCAACCUGACCUCGGUGUUCAAGGAAGCCUACGACACCCUGUACACCUACAUGAUUGGAAGGUCCAGGAAAAACGCCCUCUACUUCGCCAAGUACAUCGACUUCUUCCAGACCCAGUUUACUCAGAAGGGAGGUAUAGGACUCAAUGUCGCUCAGAUGAUUGUGGAACUCAUUCGAGACAAGAGGAAAAUUGUUGAUCGAAUCACGCAUGCGCAGAUUGACCAGUUCGUGACUCUACUAGAAAAAUCACAGAACUACAGAUUUCUAGAUCUGCUUCACGUACUCUGUGUGUGUGAUGACGUGGCCAUUCCCAACAACCAAUCGUACAUUGUGGAGAGGUGGCUGUCAACAGAACAGAAAGGUGUGUACCUGACAGCCCGGGGUCAGGACAUCAACAGACAACCAAACAUCCUCUACAUCUCCACCACAAGCGGCAAAACAUGGCUGGCCCUACACGAGUUUGUUGAUGAAAACAGCCCCUGUUACGACCAAAACAAACACGACUUUCUUCUCCAUCAGCUGGACCUGUACAAAGCUUUGUGCCACGGCAGGAACGACUACGCCAUCAACAUCAUCACUAAAGAGUUGCGGUACCUGACGUGGGAGGAGACCUUCCUGUCCCUGAGGUCGGACAUUCUACCCGACGCCAUCAGGGCCAAGUACUGUGACCUCACCACAAAAUCCUUAAAAUUUUAUAACAACUACUCACAAGAGUGGAAUGUGUUUGUGUUUGAAUAUUCCUCGAUAACUCUGCUUAUACAGCAGUCCCCUAUUAUCGAUCUAGCACUGGAUCGUGAUUCUGGAAAUAGACACAUACGACAAAACCUACGAGCCUGCUCUAUUCAGUGGUUUUAUCUACAACCUACCACAUCCACUCCUUUGAUGUAG